GCUCUCUUUCUUGCAAUAAUACUCCUGGGGAGUCUGCCAGCUAUGGGGAUCUAGAUCUAUAUCACAAUUUUUAUUGACCGGGUCAAUACGACCUAGUAUUGAUAUCUAGGUACUUUGCCAAAAAUACAUACAUGAUCUAUACCAUAGUAGGCCGCGGACCAAGAAUCAUAGUAGGGGGUUAGGUUAACCCAUCUCGAUCGGCUCUGUAAUCCAAGCCAAGGCCCCCCGCAUCUUACUAUUGUGCAUAUGAAAGCUUCCAUACAUAAUAUCUCCGUAGAAAUACUAUUUCGGCCCAAGAGGGACCGAGGAGUCUGUAUUGAUGCAGGUCCUGUCUUUUAGGCAGUCUAGAUCUCGCAAGAAUUGGCGACAUCAUACCGAGCAUUUAUGUACAGCGACAAUGGCACUGUUGCUGUUAUGUUUUAUUAUGCCUCCUCCAGUCCUGAAACGCUGGUUGGAGUAAGAUACACCAAUAAUCAGACCUCCUGUCGGCAAAAUGGUGACAUUGAAGGUGUUGGCCUUUGUCGCCCUCACCUCACGAGCAACGGCGUUUUUGGACGCCUCAGAGACCAAAGCCCAGUACCUCCUUCGAAAUGACGACCUCUCAGUAGCAGUGAGUAAAAGUAAUGGAGCCGUUACUCAGCUUUCACUAGGGAAGCAGGACUUAUUAGGUACGGCGAGCGGAAGUGCGGGUAGAGGGCCAUAUCUGGACUGCUCUUGUAUUCCCAGCGGGUUCUGGACUCCAGGUGGCACCGCUCGGUUUAAGCUCAUCAAGGGCACUGACUCAACCGGAACACCGUACGGCGGUGUUGUGAUGAGCGAUACCUACGCUUCUACCAACCAGACGCUGGAACAGUACUGGUUCUUGCGAGAAGGCGAAACGGGUUUACAUAUGUUCUCUCGAGUCACUUAUUUCAACCCAAGGACACCUUUCCUCCGAGGCCUUGGAGAAUUACGCACGCUGUUUCGGCCAAACACAAAAUUAUGGACUCAUCUCUCCGGUAGCGAGGGCAACUGGGCACCGAUUCCCUCAGCCGAUGCUAACAGGAGAGCCAUCACCGUUCAGGAUGCGACGACUUACCUCGGCAACUCGACGAAUGAUCCCUACGUAAAACAGUACUCGGAUUACUUUACCAAGUAUGCCUUUGCUGAGGUUUGGCGUGAUCAUGAUGUUCAUGGACAGUACUCAGACGGUUCGACCAGCUCUGACGGAAAUGCGUACGGCGCUUGGCUUGUUCAUAAUACGCGAGAGACGUAUUAUGGAGGCCCAUUGCACUCCGACCUAGUUGUAGACGGUAUAGUGUAUAAUUACUUGGUAUCUGGUCAUCACGGCGCGCCAGUUCCAAACAUCACUCACGGCUUCGAUCGCACCUGGGGACCACAGUAUUACCAUUUCAACAAGGGUGGACCGAAGACGACGCUCGCCGAACUAAGAGCUGAUGCAGCACAAUAUGCAAAUCCGGAAUGGAACAGCGAGUUCUAUGAUAGCAUUGCCCAGCACGUGCCCAACUACGUGCCAUCGUCAAAGCGAACCACCUUCAAGGCCACGAUCGAAUUACCCAAAGGAGCAAAGCGGCCACUUGCUGUUCUCUCCGAAAACAAGCAGGAUUUCCAACUGAAUGUUUUCGACCAGUCUAGUCUGCAGUACUGGGCGGAUAUAAACCCCGAAACUGGAGCUGUGGAGAUCCCCAGAGUGAAAGAAGACACGUAUAGACUGACCGUGUACGCCGAAGGUAUUUUUGGGUGGUUUAUCCAGGAUGACAUCAAAGUUUCAAAGUCCGCAAGCGACAGUCCAUUUAAAUUUCGAUGGGACCCUGAGAGCGCAGGCAAGGAGAUCUGGAGAAUUGGCACGCCCGACAAGUCGGCGGGAGAAUACAAGCAUGGCUACGCGCUAGACACGUCGAAGCCUCUGCAGCCCGCGCAAUACCGGGUGUACUGGGCGCACUGGGAUUUCCCGAGCGACUUUCCGGACGGUGUGCGGUUCAGGAUCGGGGAGAGCACGGAGGCCGAGGACUUCAACUACAUCCACUGGAGCUUCUUCCCGGGUAAAGCCAACUUCUUCCGGCCGCAGCCGCACUACGAGAACGUGAAUAACUGGACGGUGGAGUUCGACCUCGCGAGGGACCAGCUAGAAGGGGCCACGAAGGCGACGCUCACGGUCGAGCUCGCGGGCGUGAAGACGGCGAACGGGAACGACAAGUGGGCUUCGCUGCCCAAGGAGAAGUACUCCAACGUGCCUUACACCGUGGCCGCAAAUGGCCGCGACGUCGAGACGUGGAUCAUACCGUCGUACCGGAGCGGGUCGUGUGGUGUCCGGAGUAGUGUCGUCUGUCAGAAUUUCGGUAAGAAGUUUGAGUUUUCGACCCAAGUUUUGAAGGAGGGUACAAAUGAGAUUGUGUUGAGUUUGCCGUUUAAUGCGACGAAUACGGAGACGGCGCUGUUGCCGGGGACGAUAUACUUGCAGUACGAUGCGCUGAGGUUUGAGCUUAUCUAGGUUGUUAUGGAUUAUGGAAUAGAAUCAUUGUAAUUAUUAUUGUUGAUGUUGUAAAGGUGAGGAUACUUUACACGGUCCACUAAUGGGAGAUGUACGUAGGGAUGCUAGGUACCUACCUGUAAUACUGUGUUAGGUACCGAAGUGAGCGGCACAAGGAUCUAUUUAUAGAAGGGCGACUGCCUUAUCCAUACCGUAAACAUUACCAUCGUAA